CCGAAAAAAAAUCUUCCCCUUUUCUACACCACUCGCGCUCCUUUCCGAUAAACUGCACCAAACCACACUGUUAAGACAACAACAAAAAUCUCACACUUACAGCAAAAAAAGGUAACAAAGCAAGCAAAAGAAUGUCAGGCGCAGGAGCAGUUCCGAUAGGUGACGGGGUCGAAUCCCCGGGGCUGAAAAAAUCUAUUACAGGCCCCCUAAGCUUCACACAGCUCAACGCCAUAGCAAUCAUGAUAAUCUUUGCGGCCAGCGACCUAGUAACCCUCCAAGACCUUCUAUUAUUCUUCUUCUCGGCAAUAUAUAUUCUGAUCAUGUCCAAAUUCGCCUUUCCUGCAACGGCCGUCGCAGCUUCAAACCCUCCCAAGCCCGUAUUUUCCCCCAGCCGCCUUUUUGUCUGCUACGUUUCCCUGGCCGCCGUCGUAGGGUUAGUUUUCCCUCUGGUUUACAUUUUCGGCGGCAUUGCAGCAGGGCACAAAGCCGGCAUUUUGGCGGCGGCGCCGCAUGUUUUUCUGCUCUCUGCACAGAUUUUCUGGGAGGGCGUGACGGUUAAUUCCCGCAGGUUUUCGCUGCCUACCAGAGCUUUCGUCCCUAUUUUUUACAAUACGCGUAGGGUUUUCACCAUUUUCGACUGGCUGGAAACAGAAUUUAGUAAAGAGAGGGCGAGCGAGCCGUGGAACAAUUACGGCCGUGCUCUUGCUGUGGCGAAUCUGGUGUUCUGGUGUUUCAAUUUGUUCUGUUUUCUGCUUCCUGUUUAUCUGCCCAGGGCUUUCAGGAAGUAUUAUGAAGAAGAGGCUUCUGUAAAGAUGGUUAAGGAUAAAUGACUGUAAAUGGUCUGGUUUUGUAAAUAUGUUUAAUAAUUUUAUUGUUGAAGAAUAGUGCUUAUUGUAAAGAAAAUAUGGCUUUGCAUAAAUUACUUGGGCUAAUUAUUAUUAAUUAAAUAUAAUUAAUAUUGUUUGGCUUU